AGGAAACCAUAUACUGAAUGCGGAUGAACCAAAUGAAGAGGAAAUUGGAGUGAAUGUCUUUGCAAAAUUGAGGACAUAAUCAUUCAUAUGUGAUGGUAAAUGAUGAGUGCGAGGUGGAAGAGGUGACAGUGAGACUAGUGGAGAAGUGGUCUCCGCCGAGGAAGUAGACAGUGAGGGGAUGGAGCUGAGUUGGUGGUGCACGGGCUGAAAAUAGGGCUCAGGGGGGGUUCAGGGUAAUGACGACGACGGGGAGGACGGUGAGAAGAUAUGUUUACCAAAAUGUGAUAAGGCUGGAAGAUUUGGAGAAGCUCAUUGAUUGCGCAUACAUUCAGCCUUACACCAUAAACAGUGCCAAAGUGAUAUUCUUAAAUCAGAGGACACAAUCCAAGUCAUGCAAUAAUAAUAAGACUUCGGCCAGUUCUUGUUUCACUUGUGAUAGAAUUUUGCAGGACCCCUUUAGCUUCUGUUCUCUCUCCUGCAAGGUUGAUUUUAUGGCGUACCACGAACAAGAUUUAUCCGACAUAAUCCUCUUCAAGUUUGAUGAUGAGUCUGGUGUACCCUUCUCCCCAUUCGAGGAGGAGUUGCGAAUGGGCGGCGGCUCAGAGUCGCUCGACGCUGACGACCGCGAAAUUACUCUCCACUCCUCUCUGGAAGACAGGUUGGCGUGCAAAAAUACUGCUUGCUCCCGCAGCAGUACCAUGGGCAAUUCUGGUAUUUCACAAAAUGUCGCGACUAAAAGUGGACCUCGUUUCCUGCCUAGGUUUAUGGUCUCCGUGAGCAAUAGGAGAAAGGGUGCUCCUUCAAGGUCUCCCUUUUCGUGAAGAUAAUAAUGUUGUACUUUUGGU